GGGCAGCUGACAGGUGACCGCUGGCGGGCUGGUUCGCCCCCAUAACCAUGCUGGGCCGCAAGCAGAGCCUCCGCGGGGACCACAUCCUGGCCGACUAUGGCCCGGAGGAGACCAUGAACGAGAGUUCCGAGAUUGAGUGGGCCAACAAGAGUCCGGGUUGAUGGGUGGUCUUCAGGACAGCAUGUGGGUAGUCUUAGGCCGCUCGGCGGUGACUGAAAAAUCCCAGGUGGUAGCAGCGGAUUCGAACCCGCAUCAUCCACAACGCGGCGAAUGCGAGGCCUGCACACUAACCACUCAGCCACCGUCUCCCCAAAUACUACAAAUAAUACGGUGGAUACGAUGGCUACUAAGGAUCUGCUCGCUGGUGUCGCUGGUGUCGGUCUCGGCCAACACCCCCAAGUCCAAGGAGCUGUACCCGAGCCUCAAGUACAUCACCUUCUGCUCCGACCUGGCCAUCACCUUCUUCUUCACCGUGGAGAUGGUCGCCAAGAUGCAGGCCAGAGGGAUACUGAAGGGUGAAGGGUCGUACCUCAAGGACCGCUGGUGCCAGUAUGACGCCAGCAUGGUCUUCUUCCUCUGGAUCUCCGUCAUACUGCAGAUGUUUGAGGAGAUGACCAACUGGGUGGAGAAGCACAGUUACCUCUGCAUCCUACGCGCUCCGAGGCCCCUCAUCGUCGUCAGGCUGAUCCGCAUCUUCCUCAAGUUCUCCAUGCCCAAGAACAGACUCAAACAGAUUAUUAAGCGGUCGAGUCAGCAGAUAUACAAUGUGACGUUGUUCUUCCUGUUCUUCAUGUCACUCUAUGGCCUGCUUGGGGUGCAGCUUUUCGGCGAGCUUCGGAACCACUGCAUCAAGAACGACACCAACCUUGAACAAAUUUCUCUCAACUCCCUGGCCAUCCCCGACACCUUCUGCUCCAUUCGGUCAGACUCUGGCUACCAGUGUCCCGAGGGAAUGAAGUGCGCCCCCCUUGACCUCUACAAGAACAUCAGCGGCUUCAAUGGCUUCGAUGAUUUUGCCACAAGCAUCUUCACGGUGUACCAGGCGGCCUCGCAGGAGGGGUGGGUGUUCAUCAUGUACCGGGCCAUCGACUCCUUGCCUGGCUGGCGGGCGACCUUCUUCUUCACCACCAUGAUCUUCUUCCUCUCGUGGCUGGUGAAGAACGUUUUCAUCGCCGUCAUCACCGAGACCUUCAACGAGAUGAGGGUGCAGUUCCAGCAGAUUUGGGGCAUGCGGGGACACAUCCAGCAGGAGAGGACCACGCAGGUGUUGUCCGGUGACGAUCACGGGUGGAAGCUGCUACACGUGGAUGACAACAAGCCUCAUGGAUGGGCCCCCAAGUGCUGCAUGAAGGUGGUGGUCAGCGCCGGCUACUACAUGAUGAUUAUGGCCGCCAUCGUCACCAAUGCCAUCGCUGCCUCCUGCAUCAGCUUCAAGCACGACGGCAGGGACAGGGAGGAGUUCUUCCAGCAGUACUACUUCCUGGAGGUUGGGUUCACCAUUUUCUUCGACCUGGAGGUGAUCUUCAAGAUGUGGUGCCUGGGGGUGCGUGGGUACUGGUGCCUCGGCAUACACAAGUUUGAGCUCCUCCUCGCCAUCGGUACCACGCUCCGCCUCUUCUCAGACCUCUUCAUGACGCCUCUCACGUACUUCCAGGUUCUGCGCAUUGUAAGACUCAUCAAGGCCUCCCCCAUCCUGGAAGACUUUGUGUACAAGAUCUUCGGUCCAGGCAAGAAGCUGGGCAGCCUCAUCCUCUUCACCAUGUGCCUGCUGCUCAUCGCCUCCUCCAUCUCCAUGCAGCUCUUCUGUUUCCUGGAUGAUUUUGACAAGUUUGAAACGUUUGCCCAUGCGUUUAUGUCCAUGUUCCAAAUCCUGACCCAAGAAGGAUGGGUGGAGGUGAUGGAUGAGACGAUGAUCAAGACCAUGCGGGGAACCAAGGACGAAAUAGCCCCCGUCGUGGCCAUCUACUUCAUCCUCUACCACCUGUUUGUCACUCUGAUUGUGCUGAGCUUGUUUGUGGCGGUGAUCCUCGACAACUUGGAGCUGGACGAGGACUUCAAGAAGCUGAAGCAGAUGAAGGCACGAGAGCAGAGCGCCGGCAUCCAGGAGACCUUGCCCCUCCGCCUCCGGGUGUUCGAAAAGUUCCCCGACCGCCCCACCAUGGCCAGGCUGCACAAGGUCCCCUCAGACUUCUCUCUUCCGAAGGUUCGAGAAAGCUUCAUGCGGCAGUACCUGGAGGAGGACCAGGAAGACGAGGACACUAUGGCCAAGGGGCAAGGUGGUGGUGGGCUGGAGGACUCCACGAUAUCCUUCAGAAAGCGUCGCCCGAUCAAGCUCCUUACGGCCAUCUCCCACCCACGGAACGCUGACUACGAGAAGAAGAAGAGAGGCGUCGCUAAUAUCAUCUGUGACGCCAACAACCAGAGGCUCCUCCUUGGUGACUCGGGGCAGAUUCCCUUCCCCGGCAAAGGUCCUCACGCCCACGGCACCAUCUGCAAACACAGGCUGGACCAAAAGUCCAUCCGCCGCAGUGUGCGAGGAGGCUCCGUCAAGCUGAAGCAGCAGAACUACGACCACCUCAAGGAGAACGGGGACAUCGGCUCCAUGAACAGGACCUCCACCAGCCGCAAGGUGCAGGAUCUGGACAUCAAGAUGCUACAGGCCAAGAGACAGCAGGCCGAGAUGAGGAGGAACCAGCGCGAGGAAGACCUGAGGGAGAACCAUCCGUACUUCGACACUCCACUGUUUGCCGUCGGACGAGAGAGUCGCUUCAGGAAGUUGUGUCAGGUCAUCGUGUAUUCCCGCUACGACACGAGCCACAAGGAUCCUAUCACGGGGAAGGAGAGGAAGAUAAAAUACAAACGUCUGCACAACCUGCUUGGCCUGGUGACCUACUUGGACUGGGUGAUGAUCCUGGUGACCACCCUCUCCUGCAUCUCUCUCAUGAUGGAGGACCCCAACUACCGCAUCACUAACGAGCCCAUGCUGCAGAUUGCAGAGUAUGCCUUCGUGGUGUUCAUGAGCCUGGAGCUGGGCCUCAAGAUCCUCGCCGACGGGCUGCUCUUCACUCCCAAGGCUCUCAUUCGGGACAUGGCCGGCAUCCUCGACCUCUUCAUCUAUACUGUGUCGCUGGUGUUCUCGUGCUGGAUGCCCCCCCACGUGCCUCCACAGUCGGGCGUGCAGCUGCUCCUCAUCCUGCGUUGCCUGCGUCCACUGAGAAUCUUCAACCUGGUGCCACACAUGCGCAGGGUCGUGUCGGAGCUCUGCAAGGGCUUCAAGGAGAUUUUAUUGGUAUCCGUGCUGCUGAUUGUCCUGCUGUACGUGUUCGCAAGCUACGGCGUUCAGAUGUACGGCGGGAGACUGGCGCGCUGCAACGACGAAAACAUAAUCGAGCGCAAGGACUGUGUGGGCGUCUUCGUCCGGAAAAUCUUCGUCACCAAGAUGAAGUUGGAGCCGCUGGAGGACGAGAAGUACCCGGCCAUGCUGGUGCCCCGCGUAUGGGCCAACCCACGGCGCUUCAACUUUGACAACAUAGGGAGUGCCAUGCUGGCCUUGUUUGAGGUCCUCUCUUUCAAGGGCUGGCUAGAUAUUCGCGAUGUGUUAAAAAUCCGUCUCGGCAUCGCUUCCACCGUCUACAUCCACAUCUUUGUCUUCCUGGGGUGCAUGAUCGGCCUCACACUGUUCGUGGGCGUGGUCAUUGCCAACUACUCCGAGAACAAGGGAACGGCACUCCUCACCGUGGACCAGAGGAGGUGGUGUGAUCUAAAGAAGAGGCUGAAAAUUGCCCAGCCGCUCCACCUCCCUCCACGCCCCGACGGCAGGGCUUUCCGUGCCUUCAUCUACGACAUCACGCAGAACAUCUACUUCAAGCGCUUCGUGGCCAUCUCGGUGAUCAUCAACAGCAGCCUCCUCUCCGUCGCUUGGAAGGAGGAGGAGGAGGACCGAACGAGAACCCUGGCGGUGGUGUCGUCCCUCCUGAACCUGGUGUUUGUGGUGGAGGUGGUGAUGAAGCUGAUCGCCUUCACCCCGCGCGGCUACUGGCAGAGCCGACGCAACCGCUAUGACCUGUUUGUGACCACGCUGGGGGUGGUGUGGAUCAUCCUCAACUAUACUGUGCAGACGGACGAGUCACACAUGUUCGGCUUCAUGGUGAACAUCCUGCGGUUCUUCACCAUCACGGGGAAGCACGCCACCCUCAAGAUGCUGAUGCUGACGGUGGGCGUGUCGGUGUACAAGAGUUUCUUCAUCAUCAUGGGCAUGUUCCUCCUCAUCCUCUCCUACGCCCUGGCCGGCUGCAUCCUCUUUGGGACUGUCAAGUAUGGCGAGGGCAUUGGGAGGCAAGCCAACUUCCAGACCGCCACCAACGGCAUCACGCUCCUGUUCCGCAUCGUGACCGGGGAGGACUGGAACAAGAUCAUGCACGACUGUAUGGUUGCGCCGCCCUUCUGCACGCCGGGGGUUGACUACUGGGAGACAGACUGCGGCAACUUCACCGGGUCCCUCAUCUUCUUCUGCUCCUUCUACGUCAUCAUCACCUACAUCGUCCUGAACCUGCUAGUGGCUAUCAUCAUGGAGAACUUCUCGUUGUUCUACUCCAAUGAAGAGGACGCUCUCUUGUCCUACGCUGAUAUCCGCAACUUCCAAAACACCUGGAACGUAGUGGAUGUCAACCAGCGAGGCGUCAUCCCCGUCAGAAAGGUCAAGUUCAUCCUUCGGCUUCUCAAAGGGCGCCUUGAGGUGGACCCCGAGAAGGACCGGCUGUUGUUCAAGCACAUGUGUUACGAGCUGGAGCGCCUCCACAACGGGGAUGACGUCACCUUCCACGAUGUGCUCAACAUGCUGUCCUACCGAAGUGUUGACAUCCGCAAGUCUCUUCAGCUGGAGGAACUGCUGGCCCGCGAGGAGCUGGAGUACAUCAUUGAGGAGGAGGUGGCCAAGCAGACCAUCCGGAAUUGGCUGGACAACUGCCUCAAGCGGAACCGUGCACAAAAGGAGCAGACGUCUUUAUUGGUGAGCCUGCGCGCCACAAACGACCCGCUGAUGGGCCUGCACGAGGACAAGAAGACACAAACGCAGGACAAGGAGAAGGAGACCGAGGCAAAGGAGGGUGAUCGCGUCAGGGAGAGGAAGAAGGGGAUGAUCAUGACACGCACAGAAUCCAUGAGCAGCCUGCGCGACGGAGGGAGGAAGUUCCUGGCACCCACGCCCUCAGACUCCUCCCAGCGCGGAGAGAAGCAUGCGCGCCAUGACUCCAAGACCAGGAAAAACAGGCCUUCAGGAGGCAACAAGAACCUGCCCCACCUGAGCGAGGGCGGAGAGGGCGUGACGAUCGGACUCACGGGGCAGAUAAGCAGCGACAUCAAGGCCGUGCUGCCCCGUUCGGCCUCAGGGUCUGGGGAGGUGCGGGACUGGUGGCGGGAGCAGGUCGGCUACAACUCAGGCUCGGACGUUUCGGAUGAGAUGGAGGAUGAUCUCUAGCCUGCGGUGGAUGGGAGUGACAGCCCCUCAACCCUCAUAUAGGUGACUGCACUGUGUAGAAAAGAGGUACGAGGUGAAGGAAUACAGUGAGGAGAACGUAUAGCCUAGCGUGGAUGGAAGAAACAGUCCUUUAACCCUCAUUUUAGGUGAUUGCUCUGUGCAUACAAGAUAUAGAAGGUGAAGGAGUAUAGUGAAGAGUAAUGUUUAAUCUGCAGGGGAUGGAAGCGACAGUCCUUCAACCUUCAUGUACGUGGUUCUGUAUGCUUUUACGAGUCAGGUUCCUCAGUCCACCACCGCAAGUCUGUAAGCUUCUGAACCAAACAAAAGAUACAGUAAACCCUCAAUUAAUAUGACGUAGGUUCCAAAGAAAUUCAAGCAAAGUAGUGGUGUUAUAUCAGUGAGAUUCAUGAAUUUGGGACUCAAUGGAGGGUCUGCUACACUGCGAAAACUUGCAUAGUGUUUGGUGUUGAUAGAGAAGGUAAUAAAUUUGAGGAAGACAUACAGGAAAUCUCUUUACUAUCAGGUAUUAAGUAGAAAAAGCGGACAUUUAAAGGUGAAGGCAAGGAGUGAAGGGUUGUUAUGAGGUGGAAGUGUUCGGCUUGCCUUCAUCUCUGGCCUGUGAGUGAUUGGUUUGGGAAAGGGGCAGAACAGGCAGGGUUAUGAAGAACAGACGUGAGGUGGAGUUUGUCAAGAUGUGAUUCCGGUAAGGGGUGCGUAAGGGAGGAAGGGAGAGAGGAAAGGAGGGAGGAGGAAGUGUGACAAGGGAGAGGGAGGAAAAAAUUGUCGGAUGUUGGAGGUUGUUCAGUAGGUUGUGAACUUAUGAAUGAUUGAUGUGGGAAAGGGGCAGAAUAGGCAGGGUUAUGGGGGUUCCAGGACUGAUGUUGGAGGUUCAGCAGUUUGUGGACUUGUGAAUGAUUGGGUUGACAAGCUAGCAGUACAGGCAGGGUUAUGAGGGUUGCGGGGCUGGUGUUGGAGGUUAAUCAGCAGCUUGUAAACUUGUGAAUGAUUGAUCUGGGAAAGAGGCAAUACAGGCAGGCUUAUGGGGGAGGUUUUCAGCAGCUUGUAAACUUGUGAAUGAUUGAUAUGGGAAACAGGCAGUAUAGAUAGACUUGUGAGAGUUGCAGGGCUUGUGUUGGAGGUUUUCAGCAGCUUGUAAACUUGUGAAUGAUUGAUAUGGGAAAGAGGCAGUACAGAUAGACUUGUGAGAGUUGCAGGGCUUGUGUUGGAGGUUUUCAGCAGCUUGUGAACUUGUGUAUGAUUGGUCUGGUAAGCUAUCAGUACAGGCAGGCUUGUGAGGGUAGCAGGGCUUGUGUUAGAGAUUAAUCAGCAGCUUGUGAACUUGUGUAUGAUUGGGUUGACAAGCUAUCAGUACAGGCAGGCUUGUGAGGGUUGCAGGGCUUGUGUUAGAGAUUAAUCAGCAGCUUGUGAACUUGUGAAUGAUUAGUCCGGCAAAAUAUGAGUUCAGGCAGCCGUGUGAGGGUUGAAAGGCCAGUGUUGGAGUGUGUUAGCAGCCUGUGUGUAUUUACAAGCGUCUCUUUGCUGUGGACAUCAACAAGACAGAAAUAGAGAAUAUUAUAUGUUUUAAUAAUUGCUAAAACAAAAGUAUAUAUAUAUUAAUAUAUUUAUAGAGAUAUUUAUAAGAGUAAACAUAUUUAUGUGUAAUUUAUGUAGCUGAAGAUUCCCGUUAUGUUGUAAACUUUUAAUGAUAUUGAUAUUAAGAUAUUCUAGGCACAUAUAUAUUACAUGUAUUUAUUUAUUGUUGUAAGAAUGUAUUUAUUGAAAGUUGUUGAUGAGGCAAAUGCAGGGAUUCAUUAGGCUGUAAAGGCAUGCACAAAACUUUGAAGAAUCAUGUUGGAUAUAUUUUUAUAGUCUAGAUGUGCCAAGCAAUCUCAAUACGUACAAAUGGCUGUCGGUUGUCAAGGGAGGGAACCAAGGAGCGAGGGCGUUUCCAUGUUACUUGAACCUUUUAAACACUUUAUUCACAAGUAAUGAUUAGAGACUCGCCUUGUGUUUGGGAGUGGGUGGUGCCAAUGAGCGGGGACUAAAGUGUUCAUGUUAUUACCUUGAAAAUCAUAUACGUAUUGGGCCGCAUUACAAGUCGAAUCCGAGAAGUUUUGGGCCCUUACAGAGUUUGGUUUAGGGGCCAUAUUAUAAGUCGAAUCCAAGAAGUUUCGGGUUCCUACAGAGUUUGGUUUAGGGCCACAUUACAAGUCGGAUCCAAGAAGUUUUGAGUCCCUACAGAGUUUGGUUUUGGGGCCACAUUACAAGUCGAAUCCGAGAAGUUUUGGGUUCCUACAGAGUUUGGUUUAGGGGGCACGUUACAAAUCGAAUCCGAAAAGUUUUGAGUCACUACAGAGUUCAGGAUGAAUAAGAGAACAACAACAACAACAACAACAACAACAACAACAACAGCGACAGCCACAACAAUGACAACAAUAAACAUAACAACAUAAAAGACACCUUCAAAUUACCUGUUUAUAAGGUAAUGCUGAACGUGACAGCAGGCCCCCUCUCCCCUCUCCCCCGCGAGUUCUGAUGACCUGCUAAUGUGACAUAAGUUGACGUGACCUGACCUGACCUCCAGUGACCCGGCCUGACAUAACGUGUUCUCGGAUUCGACUUGUGACUUGUAAUACGGCCCAUAGUUACAAAUAAUCAUAAGAAACUCGCCUUUGGGAAUGGAUGAUGCCAAUGAUCUGGGACUAAAGUUCUGAUGUUAUUACCUUGAAAAUGAUGAACGUGUAGUCACAAUUAUUCAUAAGAACCUGCCUUGUGUUAUAAAUUGUACCUUGAUUCAUGAGCGUGCCAAGAAAGGUAUGAAAAAAUGACUUAUUAGAGUUUAAAGAUUGAGUUAAUACUAAAUGAAAAAAAAUAUAUGAAACUUUAUUGAAUAUUAACCUUAGAUUCCAUCCAUAUGAUAUUAUGUAUACUUAGGUUGUGCUAGUCAGGUGGUUUGUGUCUGGAGAAAAGAGUGAUUGAAGAAUAGAUGGAUUGAAGAAUAGAUGGAUUGAAGAAUAGAUAAAUUGAAGAAUAGAUGGAUUGAAGAAUAGAUAAAUUGAAGAAUAGAUGGAUUGAAGAAUAGAUAAAUUGAAGAAUAGAUGGAUUGAAGAAUAGAUAAAUUGAAGAAUAGAUGGAUUGAAGAAUAGAUAAAUUGAAGAAUAGAUGGAUUGAAGAAUAGAUAAAUUGAAGAAUAGAUAAAUUGAAGAAUAGAUGGAUUGAAGAAUAGAUGGAUUGAAGAAUAGAUUGACUGAAGAAUAUACUGGAUUGAUUGAAUAGAUGAAAAUAGACUGAAUAUAUUGAAGAUGAGUGUGAAGAAUUGUCUAUAACCUUAUACCGCUAACAAGGGCACCGUAGUUUUGCAAUAUGUAAGAACACAUACCAUGGCAGGAAUCAUAUAUGGAGUACAUAGGUGGAGGACAUUGGGAAAGGCCUUGUCCUGAAGUGUAGAUGUAAUUGCAUGAUGAUGAUGAUGGCGAUGAGCAGCAUUUACAAAUUAUCAUACUGAACAUUGCAUUUAUCACACUUAACCCUAUAUGAUCCAAGGGGGGACAAAUCUGGCCUACCCUCAGGCACUUCGAACAAAACGAUGCACUUUUUAUUUUUUACUUUCCACUGGCUUCUUUUCACUCAUUAUUCAUUAUUGUUUUACACUUUUGAUUCGGUACCAGUACUUAGUGUUCAUGAGCGUUAUAGUUGUUCAGAUAAAUGAGUAUGAUGCUUGGUGUUGCGAGCGCGAAAAUUUGAAAACGUCGGAUCGGAUAGGGUUAAGCCUCAAACUCUCAUACCCACACACAUAACAAUAGAAAAUUUAAGUUAGCGUUAAAACUGUUAUUUAUUGUUGAUUUUUCAUUCUUUUUUUUGCUAUAGUUAUUGGUCAGAAACUAUAAAAAUGCAAUGCGCUGAGUACGAUGAGUAUAUAUAGUGAGUUUACUAGAGCGAUGAGUUUAGUUGGGUUACACAUGUACUGGUAAGAGGACUUGGGUUUAGUUUGACUCCUGGUAACAUGAAUUUAUUAAUUUGGUCUCAGUAUGUUAAUUGUGUGCCUGUAGAUAUGUGACUGAUGUAAACCACCACUUUAUUAAUUAAUUAUUGCAACAGC